CGACACUGAAGCAAAAUUUGGGUUAAGUAUCGGGCAACAGGAAUCGAAGCAACGAACAAGCAAUUACAAAUUAAACGGCUCCAAUUCCCAACUUGUCUCCUAAACUCAUUUCUUUUUCAGAUUUUACACAAUACAAACACUAACACAGGGAUACACAAUGAUAGGAUCUUUUCUUACGAGGGCACUAAUGAUGGUUUUUGGCUAUGCCUACCCAGCCUAUGAAUGCUAUAAAUCAGUUGAAAAGAAUAAGCCAGAAAUUGAUCAACUUCGCUUUUGGUGCCAGUACUGGAUUUUGGUAGCUGUUUUGACAGUAUGCGAGCGGAUUGGUGAUACUUUUAUAUCAUGGGUCCCAAUGUAUAGUGAAGCUAAACUGGCAUUUUUCAUAUACUUGUGGUGCCCGAAAACGAAGGGAACAACAUAUGUGUAUGAUUCCUUCUUUAGACCGUAUGUUGCUAAACAUGAGACAGAAAUUGAUCGCAACUUGUUGGAACUAAGGACAAGGGCAGGAGAUAUUGCAGUUUUGUAUUGGCAAAAAGCUUUUAGUUAUGGCCAGACUAGAAUAUUUGACAUUUUGCAGUAUGUUGCCUCACAAUCAACACCUUCACCUCGCCCUGCUGAGCAACGACCAACUGUGAGGGUGCGUCAACCCUCAUCUAGUAAUAGCCAACCAGGGGCUGCAACAGAACCACAAGCUGAGAAUCCAUCUCCUCCUACUUCCAGCUCACCCAGUCAGCACCAGAAGGAAGUGGCAGAGGAGUUGGGUGCUUCACAAGUGCCUAAAGCACCCUCCUCCAUUGUAGCAGGUUUAAGUAGCCUGAAGUCUAAUCCUAUUCCCGAAACCACCAAUCAAACCGCACCUGCAGAGGCAAAUCCAAUGCAGAUUGAAGCAGAAGCACCUUCUGCAAAUGAAGAUGAAAACCCUCCCUUGGAAGAUACAAUAAUGGAAGAAAGCAUUAGGGUUACACGAGGUAGACUAAGAAAGAAUCGAUCAGCUGGAAUCCGUUAGGCAUCAGUAUUUUCAAUUUUUAGCCUGAAAACACAUUAGUAGGUGGACAAUGGGUGUGGAAUUGUACAAUAUAUGUAAAUCCCUUUCCUCAGUUUUCUUUCCAUUUAUUGCGUUUCUUUUUCA